UAAUCACCUUUUUUCUUCUCAAUUUUACAGAGUUGUUUGAGAGUUGGAGGCAACCUUGCUGAAGAUGAAGAAUAUACAGUAUUAGAGGAGGAGAUUUUUUUUUUUCUUUCAACAGUCUUGAUUAUUUGGUGACUUGCCUCUAGUUACCAUUUUUCAGUUGAGUCUGUUUGCUUCAUCAGAAAUGAUUUUUACAAUCUCAAGAAAAAAUAUGUCCCAGAAAUUGAGUUUACUGUUGCUUAUAUUUGGACUCAUUUGGGGAUUGAUGUUACUGCACUAUACUUUUCAACAACCAAGACAUCAAAGCAGUGUCAAGUUACGUGAACAAAUACUAGAUUUAAGCAAAAGAUAUGUUAAAGCUCUAGCAGAGGAAAAUAAGAACACAGUGGAUGUCGAGAAUGGCGCUUCUAUGGCAGGAUAUGCGGAUCUAAAAAGAACCAUUGCUGUCCUUUUGGAUGACAUUUUACAACGUUUGGUAAAGCUGGAGAACAAAGUUGACUAUAUUGUUGUGAAUGGCUCAGCAACCAACACUACCAAUGGUACCAGUGGGAACCUUGUGCCAGUAACCACAAAUAAAAGGAUAAAUGCAUCAGGCAGCAUUAGAUAGCAGUCGAGGAUCACCCUGUGCUGCUCCAUUCACCAUGGAUUAUAUCCUAUGGCAGAAAAGCUUUUAAAUCGCUGGCUAGGAUAGAGUAAUACUUCACAACAAAAGCUCUACGCAUUUUCAAGGAAUAUGCUGGAUUCGUGGAACUCUAAUUCUGUAUAUACAUUUUUAAAGUUACUAGUUUGCUUUCAGGCACGUUUCUUCAAUGCUCUACUGUAUCCUUAAAGGGAAUUUGAUUAACAUGGUUGAUGAACUAAGCAGGUAGGUGACCUUUGUGUAAAUCUUUGUGUUUGAGAUCAAGUUGAAACAAAAACACUGAAAGACAUGGAUUCACUUCUAUAAAAUAUUUAUUUAAAUAUAUAACAUGUUUUUCAGAAAGUGAACAAUAUCAUUGAAUCAUUGUCACUUGUUCUCAGUAGAUGUAACUGUUGGACUAAUACUGUUAGAAAAUGUGAUUUCCCAUGCUGUAUUUUGUUACCAGAUUAUGAGCAGAGAGAAAAGAAGUAUAAUGUUGAAAAUAAUGUUUUGAAGUCAUGACCCAAAGAAUGUCUUCAUUUUGCACUAUCCCUUCAGAAUAACUGGAGGUUAAUUAUUGUAUAUUUAAAAAAUUACAUUUGUAAGAGUAGAAUCUUGAAAUGGGUAGUAGCCACUGUCCGUAAACUAUUCUAAACAUUGGAACAAUUAAAUAACGUUAAAGUAGUAACCUUUAAUCUCACCAUGUAACAUCUUCUUACAUACUUAUAUUCUGAAGAGUAAAAGAUAUUUUUGUGAUAAGAUUAAAAAUAACUAUUCAUGAUUUUUCACAUACAUGAAUGUUAAUUUGAAAGUGUAACCCUUUGAGUGAUUUUGCUGUCAAGAAAGCACAUUAUUUCCAUAUUUGGGUAAUUUUUGCUUUUUUUUUUUUUUUUGGCAAGGGAGGGGGAAACAUAUCUGUGAGACUGGGACUCUUAGGGACUUUAGCCAAAUGUAUAUAAUAAAGGUAUUUGUGUUGCAUUAAAUUGUUUGGAAAAUGUUAACAUUAGAGUAUGUAGAGUAUCUGCUUUAUGAAAUUUUGGAUUUGUAUAACAUAUAUACUAGAUAUUCAUUUUAUAUAAUGACCACUUAAAAAAUAAUUAAGAACGUUUAAAAUAUAAUUUAAAUUAUAAAGAUGGACUAUCUUUUCAGGAAGACAGCUGUUGUAUAUAGCACAAGAGAUCCUAACUUGGGGUAAUUCUAGUAGAGAGCGAAGUCCACCCUUAUUUAAAUUUCCCUUGUAGCAAGUUUAAUUGCCAUAUGGUGCCCUAUAUUUCAUAGUAUUUAUUCUCUAUAAUAACUGCUGAACUGCAGCUAGCUUCUAGAUUUAAACUGUAUUGAAUUUAAUUUUGGAUAUUGUGUUGUUCAUUAUUACAAUAUGCUACCACAUGUAGUAGCAAUAAUUAUAAUGUUUUAUUAAAAUAAAUAUGAGAAAAUACUGUUUCAUGAAAGGUAGCUUUCCAGACUUUUCCCUGUACCCUACCUUUAUGUGAAGAAAUUAUUUACAUUUCCAGGUGAAGUUUGGAAUAAUUUUGUUUGGUCUCUCUUAUUAGAUGUGGACAUUUUUAUUUUUUGUUUUUGUUUUCAGGGAUGAAAUAAAAUGUAUUAUUUGUA